AUGGAGCAGGCAGAUUUGCUUGUCUGCCAGCACAUUCUCGAGGAGUUCCAGCGCAACAAGCAUCGCAAGUACGUGCGCUCUUUCAAAGAGCCUGUUGACAUUGUAGCUGUGCCUACAUACCUCAAUGUCGUCAGACAGCCAAUGGAUCUUUCUACCAUCGCUUUCAAACUAGGAAGGGGCAUCUACGACUCUGCAGCUGCCUUCAAAGCUGACUUUGAGCUCAUGCUCAACAACUCUGACCUCUUCAACGCAGGCCAUCCUCCAAGCCCUGUGUUUGAGCAAGGUCGUCAGCUACGCGAAGAGUUCAUCCAGGUCUGGGCAGAUCAGCACAACUGGCUCAAAAGAUUCCAUCCCCAUAUCUUCAGCAAGCCAGAGCCUCAACCUGAAGCAGAGAACGGAGGCAUGGAUGAGCCACCUGCUAAGAGGCUCCGUCAGAGUUCGCGCCUGAUCGCCACCGCAGAGUCAUCACCUACUACACAGUCGGCUUACACAGCUGCUAGUCUGGUCAGAAAGAGCGCCUCUAACCCUGUCACACCCAUGGCUGGCGCGUCGAAAACUGCUUCCAAAGCAAGCACUUCGUUGCCUGCUACAUUCCGCGCUGACUCGUGCAUUCAACACUCUUACUGCUCUCUUAGCAAAGCUAACAUGAUAUCUCCCAGCAAAAACCCUUGGGAGGACUUCCAACAGAGCCUGAGAGCUAUGGUCACCACUGAAGCCACUGCCGUGAUCAAUAACCCCAGCAUCAAUUACCCCAAUGAUCGCUCCAACAGUUUCGCCAACACACUUUGGUCAGCCAUAGCUACAGACGACAACAGCAUCACAGAAGAAGAUGCAGGCAAGGCCAGCUUUUCAGCCUGGGUCGAGCUUGCUGUGGAGGAACUGUCAAAAGUUGCCAUCAGAGACGUCGGCAACCAGGUUCAGAACGAGACCAAGAAAGCUUUGAGGGUUAUCAUUGAUCGCCAUCACGAGUAUCUCAGAGGCCUGCUUGACAGCCACUACGAGAACAUGAGAGCCAGACUUGAGCAUGAGGAUUGA